AUGGCUCUCAGGAUAUCCGCAAAGCGAGUGACAGCAGCCACUCUGAAGGCGAGCCAUGCGCCCACGCCCAUAAAUGGCGUCUUGAAGAGGAAUGCGUCUCAAGCAACUGCUGCAGCUUCAACCCUCCCAGAGGCAACCAUAGACAAGAUUUACCGCGAAGCCAGACUCUCAAACCCAGAUCCCGCGGCAGACUCGUCCACCGCAGUCUUGGUUGGCGAUCAAGCGCCGUACAUGGUGAAGACAUACGUCCGCCCCCCGCCAAUGUUCGCAAAGGGAAAGGGAUGCCACCUCUGGGACAUGGAGAACAGGAAAUACCUCGAUUUUACUGCAGGAAUUGCUGUUAACGCUUUGGGGCACUGUGAUCCGGAGUUCAGCAAGAUCAUUGCCGAACAGGCCCAAACCCUCGUGCACACCUCGAAUUUAUACCACAAUCCUUGGACCGGUGCCCUCUCCGAACUUCUUGUACAAAAGACACUCGAGUCUGGUGCUAUGCAUGAUGCGUGCUCAGUCUUCAUCUGUAAUUCCGGCACCGAAGCCAACGAGGCAGCCAUAAAGUUUGCCCGCAAGUCGGGAAAGGUCUUAGAUCCUUCAGGAGCGAAGCACGAAUUCGUAUCCUUUCACGGAGCCUUCCAUGGCCGAACGAUGGGAGCGCUGUCUGCUACACCCAAUCCCAAAUACCAGACACCAUUUUCGCCUAUGCUGCCAGGUUUCAAAUACGGGACAUAUAACGAUAUAGCUGCUAUCAACGAGUUGGUGACAGAGAAGACAUGCGGUGUAAUAGUGGAGCCUAUUCAGGGAGAAGGAGGAGUGAUUGUGGGUUCAGAAGAGUUUUUGAUAGCACUUGCUGCGAGAUGUAGGGAAGUCGGCGCUGUGUUGAUUCACGAUGAGAUUCAAUGCGGGCUCGGCCGUACAGGAACAUUCUGGGCUCACGCUUCUCUGCCAAAAUCCGCACACCCAGAUAUCAUCUCUACGGCCAAGGCGCUGGGCAAUGGAUUCCCAAUUGGAGCUACCAUUUUGAACAACAACGUCAGCGAGAAGAUCGUUGUUGGCGACCACGGAACUACUUUCGGCGGAAACCCCUUGGGAGCUCGUCUAGCACAUUACAUUGUCAGCAGACUUUCCGAUCCAAAGUUACUGGCAGAUGUGUCUGUCAAGGGCGAGAUCUUCCAGAAGCACUUCCGGGCUUUGCAAAGCAAAUACCCCGAGCUGGUUAAGGAAAUCCGAGGAAGAGGGCUGCAUUUGGGUUUGCAGUUGACGCAAGACCCGUCUCCGAUUGUCGCGGCGGCUCGUGAACGAGGAUUGCUGGUCAUUACCGCCGGAACGAACACUUUGCGAUUCGUACCUAGCUUGACUAUCACGGAGGAUGAGAUUCACGAAGGCAUUGCGAUUCUGGAUGAGGCCAUGAGGAUCGCGACCACGGCUGGCGAGAAGCCUACAGCCAAGCAGGUCAAGGGAGAGGUUGACUCGCCAAACUGA